UAACCCAAAAUUCUCUUGUUUAAGUUUUUAUUUGCUCCCAAAGAUCCAAUGGAGAGAGGACUUGGGCACAGAGGAAGAGGAAGAGACGGAGCGGGUGGGGGCGGAAGAGGAGGGAGAGGGAGAGGAAGAGAUGGUGGUCGUGGUCGUGGUGGUGGUCGCCAUCAUCAUCAACCGCAGCAGUGGAGUCCGAGGCAAGAUGGUUCCGGCGAGGGGUGGAGCAACAGUGGUAGGGGUGGUGGUGGUGGUGGUAGUGAUGGUUAUGGUAGGGGCGGAGGACAGGGAAGGGGUGGGCGUGGUGGUGGUAGUAAUGGUUAUGGUAGGGGCGGAGGACCGGGGAGGGGUGGGCGUGGUGGUGGCGGUGAUGAUGCUAGUGGUUACGGUAGUGGCGGAGGAGCGUCUACGGGUGGGCUUGGUGGUGAUUACGGCAGGGGCGGAGGAGCGUCUACGGGUCAGCGGGUGGAAUCUGCUCCACCAGUUCAGCGUCAGCCUCAGAUAUCUCGGCCUGAACCUGUGCCCGAGGCUUCAGAUAGAAUUAUCCCAGUAAAACGACCUGAUAAUGGUGGUACAGUUAAUAUUCGAACUGCCAGGCUUUGCGUUAAUCAUUUUCCUGUCAGAUUCAAUCCAGAGAAUGUGAUAAUGCAUUAUGAUGUUGAUGUCAAACCUGAGGUGUCUUUCAAUAAAGGUCGGCCUGUGGAAAUAUCAAAAUCUACUUUGUCUUUGAUCCGGAACAAAUUAUCUUCUGAUGAUCCUUCCAGAUUUCCCUUGUCAAUGACUGCAUACGAUGGUGAGAAGAACAUUUUCAGUGCAGUAUCAUUGCCCAUUGGAAAUUUUCGUGUGGAAGUCUCUAAUGGAGAAGACAUGAAGGGUCGGUCAUAUAUAGUUACUAUCAAGCUUGUGAAUGAGCUCAAGCUUUGCAAGUUGAAGGAUUAUUUAAGCGGGCAUCUCAUGUCAGUCCCGCGCGAUAUACUACAAGCAAUGGAUCUUGUAAUGAAGGAGAAUCCAGCUAGACAUACGAUCUCUGUUGGUCGGAGUUUUUUCCCGAGAGAAUCUAGGGAAGGAGAUGAUCUUGGAAGGGGCAUUGCGGCAUCUAGAGGGUUUCAACCUAGAUUAAAGGCCACCUCUCAGGGCCCAGCAAUGUGCUUGGACUAUUCAGUUUUGGCAUUUCGGAAGCAAAUGCCAGUUAUUGAUUUCCUCAGGCAGCAUAUUAACGGUUUUGACAUAAAUUAUUUCCAAAGCUUUAGGAGAGAAGUAAAUGAUGUGCUGAAGGGGUUGAAAGUCACUGUGACUCAUCGAAAAAGUAAACAGAAGUACACCAUUGGAGGUCUUACUGAUGAGAAAACAAGACAAAUAUCAUUCAUUGCAGAAGACCCAGAGGGCAAGAAUCCACCAAGGCAACUUGGAAUAGUUGACUACUUUAGAGACAAAUAUGACAAGGAUAUUAUUUAUAAGGAUAUUCCUUGCUUGGAUUUGGGAAAAGGAGACAAGAAAAACCACGUACCUAUGGAGUUUUGCAACUUAGUUGAGGGGCAAAGAUAUCCAAAGGAGCAUUUAGAUAGAAAUGCAAACAUGAAGUUGAAGAACCUGUCAGUAGUUCGACCAGAGGUCAGGGAGCAUGAGAUAUGCAGCAUUGUACGUUCAGAACAUGGUCCUUGUGGUGGAGGCAUAAUUCACAAUUUUGGAAUUGAAGUAAACCCAGACAUGACAAUAGUUACAGGACGCCGUAUUGACCCACCUGUGUUGAAGUUAGUUGCUCCAAACGGCAGAGUGAUUAAGGUAAAAGUCGAUGAAGAGAAAUGCCAAUGGAAUCUUGUCGGCAAAUCGGUGGUGGAAGGUAAAAGAAUUUACCGGUGGGGUGUUAUUGACUUCAGCUCCUCUGAAAGAUCAAGUUUGCGUCCUACUUUUUUUAUUCCAAAGCUUAUUAGUAAGUGCAAAAAUCUGGGGAUCCACAUGGAGGAGCCUCUCUUAUAUGAGCGCACAAGCAUGAGUGUGUUUUCAAUGGUUGAAAAACUGCGUGAACUGCUUGAAAGAGUCAAUGAAGAGGGUGGUGGUAAUUUACAAAUUCUUCUAUGUGUGAUGUCCAUGAAGGUUGAUGGUUAUAAAUCUCUCAAGUGGAUCUCUGAGACCCAACUUGGUAUAGUGACACAGUGUUGUCUAUCCACUUGUGCCAACCUAGCAAAGGACCAGUUUCUUGCAAAUCUUGCUAUCAAGAUAAAUGCCAAGCUUGGAGGCAGUAAUGUAGAGCUGAAUGACCCGCUCCCGCACUUUGGAGGCAAAGCUCAUGUUAUGUUCAUUGGAGCUGAUGUCAAUCAUCCUGGUUCUUGGAAUACCACAUGUCCAUCCAUAGCAGCUGUUGUUGCAACUAUGAACUGGCCUGCUGUAAAUCGCUAUGCAACACGGGUCCGCACGCAAGCCCAUCGGAAAGAGAGGAUUCUACAAUUUGGGGAUAUGUGUUUGGAACUUGUUCAAUCUUAUGCUCGGUUAAAUAAUGUCAGGCCAGACAAGAUCGUAGUCUUUCGCGACGGAGUUAGUGACAACCAAUUUGAUAUGGUUCUUAAUGAGGAGUUGUUAGAUUUGAAGAGGGCAUUUCAAACUAUAAAUUAUUAUCCAACCAUCACACUCAUAGUAGCCCAAAAGCGUCACCCAACUCGUUUCUUUCCGGAGAGCACAAAGGAUGGGGGUUCUACUGGCAAUGCGUCUCCAGGUACAGUUGUUGAUUCAAUAAUAGCUCACCCGUUCGAGUUUGACUUCUAUCUUUUUAGUCACUAUGGAAGCAUUGGGACAAGCAAGCCUACGCACUAUCAUGUCCUGUGGGAUGAGCAUGGGUUUAGUUCUGACCUAUUGCAGAAGCUUAUUUAUGACUUGUGUUUUACCUUUGCUCGGUGCACUAAACCUGUAUCGUUGGUCCCGCCUGUGUACUACGCUGACCUUGUUGCUUAUCGAGGGCGACUCUACUACGAGGCAAUGAUGAAGGAGGGGCAAUCUCCAGCUUCAACAGCACCCUCUUCGUCAUUUGAUCAGAAUUUCUUCAAGCUGCACCCUGGCUUGGAAAAUGAAAUGUUCUUUGUUUGAAAGGCUGUAUCACAGCCUUGUGUUAUGGCUAUCUUUGGUUUGACAAUGCCCUCCGCCCUCUUUCCUCCGCCCUCUUUCCUAUCCGAAUUAGUAAAGGAGUUUGUGCGUGAAUCUAAUGGGUUAUAAGUCUCAAUGUGUUGUCUCGUCCUUCUAGAAAAGAGUCAGGGUUUGUGUGGACAAUGCGAUUUUAUAUUUGAGUCUUAUUCUGUCAUCUAGCUGCUGUGAUUUGGUUUAUGUAGAGGAAUCAGGAAUGUUAUGGUUUUGUUUGAGUCAGACAACUACAAGGAUUGAAUCUGUUGGAAUUUUUAUUUUUAAGAUUUCUUCUGUUAUUGGAGUCAUCCUGCGGAUGCAGGAAGUUGGUCUUGGUGUUUGUACCUCUGUGUUUCUUUUCUCUAAUCAAUGUGAUAUGGGAAUGGCAUGGGUUUGAUUUAA